AUGGUCAACGUACGUUAUGGAGUGACGCUUCCGAUUGCUUCUCGCUUUGGAAAUUUUGAAUCCAGCCUAGAAUGCCUCGUUUUACCGAAACUCACCGUCGCGCUACCCAGCCACAAUAUCGAUAUAACUCAUUGGCGUAUUCCACCACACCUGCUUCUAGCGGAUCCGCAUUUCCAUAUCAGUCAGGGAGUUGAUGUCAUUAUAGGCGCUGAACUGUUCUUCACAUUGUUGGAAAAAGAGCAGAUCAGUAUCGACGUUGGAUGUCCACUCCUCCAAAAAACUGUUCUUGGUUAUAUAUUCUGUGGCAAGUUUACUGAAAAAGUCCCUUGCACUCUUGCGCUGGCGAGCCACUAUUGCUCUGGUGAAUCUCUCGACUCACAAUUGGAACGGUUCUGGGAGAUCGAGAGCUUUGAUGACCACAAAGCUUACACGGCAGAUGAGCAGUUUUGUCAAGAUCAUUUUCGUCAAACAGUUAUGAGGGAUAACAAUGGUCGUUACAUUGUACGACUGCCGUUGCGGGAAGAGCUGUCUUCGAAGAUCGGUGAUUCGUACACUCCAGCUCUCCGUCGUUUCUUGUCCAUGGAAAAAAGGUUUGCCGUCGAUGAAGGUCUACAGACUGAGUACACAAAAUUCAUGGAGGAAUAUGAGCAGUUAGGGCAUAUGGAGGUGAGUUCGCGCUCGUUUAACGGUCCACAAUUUUUCCUUCCCCACCAUGCCAUCCACCGCCCAGAGAGCACAACCACGAAGAUUCGAGUGGUGUUUGAUGGAUCUAGUCGUGCAUCUAACAACGUGUCAAUCAACGAUGCUCUGUUUGUUGGCCCUUCGGUGCAACCUGUACUAUACUCUACCGUCAUCAAUUUUCGAAUGCCACGCUAUGUUGUAACCACCGAUGCAGAGAAGAUGUUUCGGCAGAUUUGGGUCCAUCCGGAUGAUCGCCGAUUCACACAAAUCCUGUGGAGAAAUAAUCCGUCGGAACCGAUUCAAGUAUACCAACUCAAAACCGAUACAUACGGCCUCGCCAGCUCUCCGUUUCACGCCACUCGUGUUCUUGAACAGUUAGCUUCAGAUGAUGGAGAACGAUAUCCUUUCGCCGUGCCAGUAAUUCGAAAAGGAAUGUAUGUUGAUGAUGUUCUGACUGGACACGAUGAUCUUCCUACUCUACAGGAAACCUGCAGGCAAUUAAUUUCCCUUUUGGCGGGCGCAGGUUUCGUGUUGCGAAAAUGGGCUACUAAUAAUGUCGCAGCUUUGGCCAACGUUCCAACAGAGCUGUGGGAGACUUCCAACCCACUGGAGAUCGAUCGUUCGUCUGCUGUUAAAACACUCGGCUUACUUUGGUUUCCUCAAUCCGACAAAUUCGCAUUCAAGAUUCCAGCACUUCAGGAUCUAAACAUCAUCACUAAGCUAGUGGUGGUGUCCGAGAUGUCGAGCCUGUUCGACCCCAUUGGCCUCCUUGGUCCUGUCGUCAUCACUGCUAAGAUGUUUGUGCAAACCCUUUGGGCGGAGAACCUAUCCUGGGAUACCGAGCUUUCGAAGGAUUUUCAAGAUUGGUGGUUGAACUAUCGUACUGAUAUCCAGCAGUUGCGGUCUCUGAAAGUACCGAGAAGAAUUCUGGCCAACACUGUUCGCCAAUAUACUUUACAUUGUUUUUGUGAUGCUUCCACGAAAGGCUACGGAUGUUCCGUCUACGUCGUCUCGGAAGAUGACACGGGAAAACUCGAAAGUUAUCUUCUUACUUCAAAGUCGCGUGUCGCUCCAUUGCGGGGUCAUUCAGUUCCAAGAUUGGAACUCUGUGCUGCUUUACUGGGGAGCCAACUCAUUGAUACACUUCGCAAGACGACAGAAUUCACAGAACCAGCGUUUAUGUGGACUGAUUCGACUAUUGUGUUACACUGGAUCAAGUCGAAGUCCAAUAACUGGAAGGUUUUCGUAUCCAAUCGUGUGGCUGAAAUUCAACGAUUGACGAAGGGAUUCCAAUGGAGACAUGUGCCCACUGAACUGAACCCUGCAGACCGGAUAUCCCGAGGUGUCAUGCCGAGUCAAAUCCUGCACGAUGACCUGUGGUGGCAGGGACCUAGAUUCCUGCGAUUUAGAAUGGAACAAUGGCCUGAGCAAGUUAUUAUGGUUCCAGAACGGCAUAUAGUUAACGAAGAAGCUCGGUCCGUUUUGGCACUACACGUUUGCGUCAGCGGAGAUGAACUCUUCGAUCGCUUCUCCGAACUAUCAAAAUUAAUAAAAUUCGUCACCUACUGUCACCGUUUUCGAAGUAACUGUCGUACUCCAAAAGAUCAACAUUCGAAUGGACCGCUUUCGUCAGACGAAUGCGAGAUUGCAUUGAAGAAUUUGAUUCGUAUUGCUCAACAUUCAGCCUUCCCAUUAGAGGUUAAAAGCUAUGCUCUUGCACAAGAUUCGCCGAGAAUACCGAAAUCACCACUCCGUAACCUCAACCUAUUAAUGGAUAAUUUCGGACUUCUGAGAAUUGACAGCCGAAUACGCAACUCUAAUGCUCCAUUUGAUAGCCGUUUUCCAAUUCUGCUACCAUCGAACCACAAACUUAGUUUCCUGAUUGCACGAGCAACGCAUCUCAAGACAUUACAUGGUGGUCCAUCACUCCUGCUUGCCACGUUGCGUCAACGUUACUGGCCGCUCCGGGGUCGCAAUCUGGUACGUAAAGUCGUUCGUCGCUGCGUGACCUGCUUCCGAUGUCAACCAAAACCUACCACACAGAUCAUGGCACCUCUACCAGCAGUCCGCCUCACACCAGCCCGUCCAUUCUCGUAUACGGGGUUGGAUUAUUGCGGGCCGUUUUACGUUCGUCCAUUGAAUGGGAGAGGAGUGUCGGUGAAAGUGUACGUAGCGCUCUUUGUAUGUUUAGUGGUGAAGGCUGUUCACAUCGAAGUCGUCGUCGAUCUCUCCGCUGCGUCGUGUAUCAACGCCGUGAAUCGCAUCGUCGCACGCCGUGGCCGUAUUAUUGAGCUACAUUGCGAUAAUGCGACCGCAUUCGUCGGAGCAAAUCGUGAGUUCAUCGCGUCGCGUAACGAGUUCCUGCAUCAGUUCAAGGGCGACGAGUGGCGACAUCACUGUUUGCACAACGGAAUCAGGUUUCGAUUUAUUCCUGCUCGUUCACCCCACUUUGGAGGACUCUGGGAGGCGGGAGUCAAGUCAUUUAAGCACCACUUCCGUCGCAUUAUGGGACCGAAAGCGUACACAAUGGACCAUUUUCUCACGAUUCUUGCUCAAGUGGAGGCUACACUCAACUCUCGUCCUCUGUCGCCUUUGUCGGACUCUCCUGAUGAUCUUGAUGUCCUCACGCCGGCACAUUUUUUAAUCGGUGAGCCACUAGUUACGAUUGCUGAACCCGAUCUGAGUCACAUAAAACCCGGACGCCUGGAUCGCUUCCAGGAGAUGAAGAAAUCAACGCAGGAUCUCUGGACCCGUUGGUCACGGGAUUACCGAAGCCAACUGCACCAACGAACUAAGUGGAGAAAUUCUCAAACCAACCUGAAGCCAGGACAGCUGGUUCUGCUAAAAGAUAACACUCCGCCGCUCCAGUGGCCUUUGGGGCGCAUCGUCGAGACCAUCCCUGGAAAGGAUGGCCAUGUUCGUGUGGUCGUCGUUAAAACGGCAACAGGGCAGUAUAAACGAGCUGUCACUGAGGUCUCUGUUCUGCCAACGGAUCCUGAUGCAGAAGACGAGUCAGAAGAUGUCAUUUCUGGUGCUCAAAAACAGUCGAGUGUCGGUUGA